UUCAAUAGCUAUGGCCACACCACACGGCAUGCACAGUUUUUUCCGGUUGUUUUGAUUUAAUUAAGAAUUUUUCGCCUAUCUUUAAAUAUUAAAGUAAUGUCCGAGGAGUCUGAUGUUGCUGCCCUGAACAUCCCCGAGUACUGUAACUUCUUCAAGACCUUGUUGGUAGAGGAGCUCCAGCUGGCAAAAGAUUAUCGUAAGUUACACUACGGAAAGUGCGCCAUUAUUGGACGACUGGCGGUCAAAGAGAAACUCUUUUAUCUGGAAAACGUGCGCGUUAAGGGUCUUCCGGCAACACAUUGCUUGCCCGGGGGCACCAUAUCCUUGCUCAUUUUGGGAUUCAGUUUCGACAAAGUCGCUGGCCAGCGUGUGACUACCGGUUGCUAUUGCAUAGUGCGCGGCGAAGCGGCUCUUUGUAAUGUUCUUCGCCCCAACAGUCCUCUUCUGUCCUCCCGCGGAGUGAACGAGCAGUUAUCGAAUCUGUCCCACGAUCCAGCAGCCCAAAAACAACUGUUGACUCAACUAAGUCUCAGCCACAAACCGGCCAUAGAUUUGUGGUCCAUCCAGUCCAUUAGCCAUCCUGAAGACCUUUUGAGCCGCAGGCUGGAUAUCAGGGGGCAUACUGUGAGAUGA